UAUUUUUUUAAAUUUGGGGCCACGCCUAGAGAUGCUUGGGGAUCGCUCCUGGAGGGGCGCCAGGGACCCUGUGGGGUGCUGGGGGUCGAACCCGGGUCUGCCUUGUGCCAGCCUGGUCGGCUUCUCUGGGACCCUCCGCCCCUGCAGCCACCGGCCUGGACAUGCUGUCGUGUGACGGGCCCCCCGGGAACGAGGACUGCGUCCCCCCGGCCCCCAGCGACACCCCAGUGCGCGGCUACACCUUCAGCCAGCCCUUCCACCUGGUGGUCGCCUACGACUGGCUGGCCCUGCAGGGCCCGGUCGGGCCCGUGUUUGAGGGGGACACACUGGUGCUGCGCUGUCAGGCCUGGCAGGACUGGCCACUGGCCCACGUAACCUUCUACCGCGACGGCGCUGCCCUGGGCCCGCCCGACUCCGCCCGGGAGCUGACCAUCCCCACUGCACAGCUGGGCGACAGUGGACGCUACCACUGCAGCGGCGUCUUCCAGAGCCCCGGCCGGCCUGGGACCCCCGAAACGGCCUCGGCUGUGGCCAUCGUCGUCCGAGAGCUGUUCCCAGAACCCACCCUCAGGGCCACCCCCCCUGAGCCCGCGGAGGGCGACUCCGUGACCCUGAGCUGCCAAACGACGCUGUCCCCGCUGAAGUCCGCCCGGCACCUGCUUUUCUCCUUCUACGGGCCCGGCGGGGCCGAGCGGGGUCCCGGGAACUCCCCGGAAUUCCACGUCCCCCAGGCGCGCGCGGGCACCUACUGGUGUGAGGCGGCCACGGAGGACGGGCACGUGAGGAAGCGGAGCGCCAGGCUGGGGCUCCGGGUGCGAGGCCCAGCUAACGUGUCUGCAGCCACCGAAGCCGAGGACUUCCCAGGACCCAAGCGCUCUGGGGGCACCCCAGCCUCCAAGGACCCCAGGGCCUCCCCCCCGCGGGGCCCCGACCCCCACCUGCACCACCGUUUGGGGGUCCUCCUCCAGCAGAUGGGGGACGUCAAAGCACUCCUGGGCCACCUGCUGGUGGAGCUCAGGGAGCUGUCGGCGCGGCUAGGGGAGCCCCCCGCGGCGCCCAGAACCCAGAAGCAGUGAGGCCCACCCCAGCCAGCCGCCCCGUUCUCGGCUCAGAACCGCGUUUCCUGUUCCUCUUUUCGGUUUAUUUUGACGGGCCGAGGAUGGAAUCCAGACACGCUAGGGGCCGGCCGGGCGCCGUCCUCACAUUCAGCUCGGCAGUGCAGAGCCGCGGAGGGGAGUGGGGGUACUCUGCCACCUGGCAUGGGGUGGCAGCG